CACGCCGGUGACGUGCUGGGUCUCCUCCUCCUCCUGCCCACGGACACACGCUGCUCGGGGCACAGCCAGCUCCUAGCCCAGAAACACCCCUGGUUGAUGGAGAGGAGAGAGCUGCUGGGGACAUGGACACAUAGCAGUGCUUUUUUUUUAUGUGCUUAAAAAGCCAGCUCUGGUGGAGCCAGCGAGCAGGCAGGGACCCCUAGGAAACGAUGUACGGAAACACAUGCUCUGGGACUCAGGAGAGGUGGGAAUGCUCCUAACAGUCCAUUCACUUCUCCUGAGAGACCCACGCUUCCUGCAAAGAGACCCUUCUUGCCACUCCUCUGCCAAAAAGCUCUAGAGAAAGUAAAACACCAUGUACACAUUCCUUCCUGAGAACUUCACACCAGUGAAGCAGAAGCCCUCCAAGGAGCUGAGGCCCAUGCUUGGGGCAAUCUUGCUGGGCCUCCUCCUGUUCAUUGCAGCAGUGGUGGCCUGGUGCUACUACACGGUGUCCCUGCGGAAGGCUGAGCGUCUCAAAACAGAGCUGAUGGACCUGAGGGCUGAUGGCUUUGUCAUCAGGAACCAGCAUGGGGAGGUGGUCUUCCGGCUGGCCUUCCGCUCGGGCAGCCUCAACCUGGAGUCCUGCUCCAAGGAGGGUGAGAUUUUGAGCUGCACGCGGUCCAGCAGGGGCCCACUCAACUUCUUCAUCCAGACAGUGAAGCCCAAGGACACGGUGAUGUGCUACCGUGUGCGCUGGGAGGAGCUGGCGGACGGCCCGGCGGUGGAGCACACCAUGUUCUGGGAGGACGCCCACUGGUAUGGGGGCUCGGAGAUGAGCACCCAGCACUGGCCCAUCCGCCUGGCCGGCUACCAGGAGCCCAUGCCCUACGUCACCAGCGAUGUCUACUCCUUCCGCGACAGCUUUGGUGGCAUCCUUGAGCGCUACUGGCUCUCCUCCAAGGCGGCAGCCAUCAAGAUCAAUGACUCUGUGCCCUUCCACCUGGGCUUCAACGCCACGGAGCGCGCCCUCUUCUUCCAGGCCCGCUACAAGGACUCGCCGUACAAGCCCCCGCCAGGGCAGCCGCCGUUCCCCGAGCUCAGCUACCGCGUCUGCGUGGGCUCUGACGUCACCUCCAUCCACAAGUACAUGGUGCGCAGGUACUUCAACAAGCCCUCCAAGAUCCCUGCCGAGAACGCCUUCCGAUACCCCAUUUGGUCCACCUGGGCUCUCUACAAGAACGAUAUCGACCAGGAUAAACUCCUGAGAUUUGCUGAAAAGAUCAAAAAGUAUCGCUUCAACUGCAGCCACAUUGAAAUCGACGACAUGUACACGCAGGCCUACGGAGACUUUGACUUUGACCCCGUCAAGUUCCCCAACGUGACCGAGAUGUUUGCAAAACUGAGGGAAGAUGGAUUUAAGGUCACCCUCUGGACUCACCCUUUCAUAAACUACAACUCCUCCAAUUUUGGGGUGGGAAUCGAGCGGCAGCUCUUCAUUAAGGAGCCGUCGGGACGGCUGCCGGCCAUGGUGGAGUGGUGGAACGGCAUCGGGGCCAUCCUGGACUUCACCAACCCAGCAGCCCGCGACUGGUUCCAGAGCCACCUGCGCCAGCUCCGACACAAAUACGGAAUCUCGUCCUUCAAGUUUGAUGCGGGCGAGACCAGCUACCUGCCCAAGCAGUUCAGCACCUUCCGCCCACUCUCGGACCCCAGCAUCUGGUCACGGCGCUACACGGAGAUGGCCAUCCCCUUCUACGAGCUGGCCGAGGUGCGGGUGGGCUACCAGUCACAGAAUAUCUCCUGCUUCUUCCGCAUCAUCGACCGUGACUCUGUCUGGGGCUACGAGCUGGGCCUCAAGUCCCUCAUCCCCACAGUACUCACCAUCAGCAUGCUGGGGUACCCCUUCAUAUCUGCUGACAUGAUUGGGGGGAAUUUUUUCCCCAACAAGACAGACGGGGCGGUGGAGAUCCCUGACCGGGAGCUGUACGUGCGGUGGCUGGAGCUGUCGGCCUUCAUGCCCUCCAUGCAGUUCUCGAUUCCGCCCUGGCUCUAUGACAAAGAGGUGGUGGAGAUUGCGCAGAAGUUCACGGAGCUCCACGAGUCACUGGUGGCCCCGCUGCUGCUGGAGCUGGCUGGAGAGGUCACCGACACCGGCGAUCCCAUCAUCCGCCCCAUCUGGUGGAUAUCACCCCGUGACGAGGCUGCUCACAGGAUUGACUCCCAGUUCCUCAUCGGGGACACCCUUAUGGUGGCACCUGUCCUGGAGAUGGGCAAGCAGGAGCGUGACGUCUACCUGCCAGCAGGCAAGUGGCGCAGCUACAAGGGGGAGUUGUUCGAGAAGACCCCGGUGCUGCUCACAGACUAUCCUGUCGACCUGGACGAAGUUGCCUAUUUCCUCUGGGUUUCCUAAGGGGCUCCUCCAUCAGCUUUGGAAUAACCAUGCCUUACCUAGGACUCUUUAACAAAUAAUAAUUCUAAUUGCACAUUGCAUUUCAAACUGGGGAUAAUGAAGGGAGUCAAAUAGAUUUCACUCUCUUUGGGGGUAAGAUUUUUAUUUGAAGAGCAGGUGGUCCUUUUUUUUCCCCUUACUUUGUGACAGGUGGGAGUCAGCAGGAGAGUUAUGGUUUGCAGAAUUUUCUCAGUGGAGGUCCAGAAGGGGUUGUCAGUCUGUCUGCAGACACGUAGUACACGCAAUACAUUUCAGUUCUCAAGGAUUUCAAGAGGUGGAGGUUGAUUAGUGCUAGUGGGAUUACUUUUGGUCUCAUGAGAGCACCAAGUGCUGGGCAUGAGGGCAUGUAAUGUGUGAGGGUUGCUACAGUACAGCCUGCUAUAAGUUACAAUGUGGUAAAUACAUUUCAAACAACCUUUUGAAGAGCUGUGAAACUAAUGAUGGAGGGGUGGAUGGGUAGAUAGGUAGUUACAUAUGGGGUUUUUUUCCCCAUCUGGUGUAGCCUGGCACUGGAACUAGCAGUUGCUCCAUGUUCCUCCUUUCCUGGGUAUCACACAGCCAGGUUACUUGAAUGAUGUCUAGAUAUUUUAUCUGUAUGGCCUGUGUAUCACUGGAGCAGCUGCAUCCCAUCUCCUUCCCCCUUCAACAUCUGCUGCAAGGCAUUUGCCUGUGUGUUUGGCCUUGGGUGUCAACAUUGCGUUUCCUAGAGCAGCUCCCUCCAUAUCAGUAUGCCCCAUUAGUCUGUUUUAAAUCAUUCACAGCCCUGCUUCUUUACAUGGUUAUCAUGCUGAUACCAUCACUUUUCAUUUUUAAGAAAAGAGGGGCUUUCAGGUUUGCUGCUGGCAAAAGGACUGCCUGAAGCAGAGCCAUUCUCCAAGUAUGGGUGGUGCUCCCCUGGUAACAGCAGGUUCUGGGCAGUGGCAUCUGUCCUGGAUUGGCAGUGAUGUCUGCUGCUGGCCGGCUGGGUGGUGGGUGGAGAACACCAGCUUCUGCACUAUGGAUCUGUGCCAGUGGGUGUUCUCACUGCACCUGCAGAAACGUUUUCAUCUGCUGUGAAAUUAAGCUUCUCUCUGUCUCAGGUUGCUGUUAGAGGUGAUGAGUUUAUUGAGGGUUUUUCUGAAGCAGCUUCCCUUCAGGACAGAUAAAGAGCCUUUCUCAGGCAGCAUUUGUGGUGCUGGACACGGGGUUGCUGUCCGAGUCUUACAAAGGGCGCACAGGGGGAUGUAAUCUUACGUCCCAAGUGCCUGGCAGUUGGGAUGCAGCUGCAGAGAUACCUCUUUCCCAGCUGUUCCAUCUGGUUUUGUACCAGAAGGUGUAUUUACAGAGAGACACAGGCAAUCUCUGCUUCAAGACUGAGCAAACAGGAUUGAAGUCUGGCAGCCUUCCUCCCCAGGACAGGACAUUCCUGGCUGUGCCCUGGUUGGAAACAGGUUUCUGCCCCUGAAUUUUUAAUUAGCCUUUGUGAAAUUGAACUGCCUUGAGAGAGAACGUUUGAGGCACCCUGCCCAGGAUACAGCCAGCCAAGAAGAGCUCAGCAUCUGCAGAGUUUUGCCUGGGAUUGUGUCUGGCUGAGCAUAGAUCUUGGGGAGAUGGUGCUGUGAUUUGAGUAGGGUUGGGUACCAGUGGGGAUCUUUCUUAAAGUCCAUCUCCUGCCACUGGGUUUUGCAGAAGGCAAAAAAAGGAGAUGCAGUAAACCUGAGGAGCAGGAAUUUAGGCUUUUUGGGCAAAAUAUGAGGUGUUUUUGUAGUUAGGAAGGAAGUGAGGAAGUCCAGUUUUCUGGACUCCUUGGAGCAUCCCAAGGUCUAAACCUGCCCAGCGUAAUUUGGUGUUUCAGCCUCAGAAUGAGACUCAGAGGAGCCCUGUAAGUCCCUGCCCAGCUGGAGCACAACUGUGUCUCAAAGCCUGUUUCUUGUGGCUUUAACUAUGAAGGACUCAGGUUUGCUCUCUGCCCCUGCCCCACCAGUGCCAGUUCUGUGUUACAAGCCACAGACACUCUUUGGCAAGGAGUUAAUCCUGAAGCUUCGGCACCAGUCUUCAGGACACUGUUAGGAUUCAACCCUUUGACUGGAGGGUGGAGGUGAAGUUGAAGCGAUCCUGGAGAUGAGUGAGCAGAGCCUAACAGGGUGACAAGAGGACUUCUCCAGCCCCAGAAAUGCAUAAAAGUUUGCUUUGAGGGGCUCCAUGUCCUUGUUUUCUACCUUUGAUGGGAUGUCAUCCAGAGGGAUCUGGACAAGCUGGAGAGGUAGGCCCAGGUGAACCUCAUGAGGUUCAGCAACAGCAAGUGCAGGGUUCUGCUCCUGGACCAGAACAAUCCUUGUUAUCAGUACAGA